GAAUUCUAAAAUAAUUUCUUAAAGAAAUGCAUAGAAAGCUUUUCUAAUCGUUCUUAUAGUUAUUAUCAAGCCCAUAUAUUUCCUAUUUAUUCUCAUUUACUCUUAUUAAUUAUUAUUUAUAAAUCUCUUAGGUAGAACCCAUGUAUUGGAUCCAUGUGUGUGAGUCUUUGUGCGAGCUACUAUCUAAGCAUCGUGCAAACCUCUCGGGUAGGAUCUUUGGAAAUGUUUCCUCCGAUGUGUACCCUUAGUUGGGUUUUUUUCUUUCAAUAAGGAAAAAUCGAGUUCGAUUUUGUUACUCCGAUUUUGAUGGCAUGUUUGAAUAAAGAGCCUCUAUAUCUAAUCAUUCGUAUCUUUCCAAUAAACAUGCUUAAUGCUAUUUAAGUUAUGUCAAGAUAUAACCAUAUAAAUUACAUAGAUUAACACAAGGAGAGAUACGCAUUUGAUUUAUCAACGUGUUAUUUAAAUGUAACCAAAAUUAUCGUUCUGUAAAUAUUUAACAAUUGCUGUUAUGUAAAGAAAAUAUAUUGUACUAUUGUUCAAGAUUUGAGCAAGUCAUUGUGUGAAAAUUCAUUAAAACUUGCAUUUAUAAAAAUGCGUGAAAAUCAAUUGAAUAUAAGUGGGAAAAAAAUUUUAAUAACUGGAUUUGGACCAUUUGGUAACCAUAUUGUUAAUGCAAGUUGGGAAGCUGUGAAAGAAUUGUCUAAACUGUGGCCACAAUCAGAAUUAUGUAACAUUCAAUUAAUUACGAAACAGAUACCUGUAUCUUAUGAAUACGUAUCUACAGAAAUAUCCAAACUAUGGGAAGAACACAAUCCUGUAAUCGUUAUACAUGUAGGUGUCUCUUACAAAGCAAGUUGCUUAACCAUAGAACACAUUGCUCACAGUACAGGCUAUGCAAGACCUGAUAUAAAUGGUAAAUGUCCCAAUGAAAUAUGUACUGUUUAUCAAAUUUUAAAAACAGACAUAAAUGUUAAUAGACUUUGCGACAGUAUUAAUGAGAAUUCAUCAGAAAGUGGAUGCAAAGCUUGCAUUUCUUAUGAUGCUGGAAGAUAUUUGUGCGAAUAUAUAUUUUAUCAAUCAUUGAAUAUUAAAACGCAAAAAACAUUAUUUGUUCAUGUUCCUGAUCUUCAUGUAUAUUCUAGCAUGCAAACUAGCAAGGGUUUGUAUGAUAUUAUAUAUUUUCUGGUUAAAACCUUAAAUGAUGAUUAAAAACAUAACGAGCAUUAUAGUAAAAAAUGUAAAAUUUUACUAUUAUCUUAUAAAAAACAAUGAUACUUAA